AUGCUAAAUACUUUAUAAUUAAAACAAAAGGAUUAAUAUGAAGUAGAUACAAUUCCUAAUUGCUUUGGGUUGAGUUAGUUACCAGUUGAGAUUGAAGAUAACUCAACUACUGGGUCAAGUUUCAACAUUAUCGAAUAUGAAUCAACUUUGGAUUAUUUUGCAGUAGGAGGGUUUUAUGGUUCUAGACCAUUAAUCGGACUUUACAAUAAUAAGGAAAAUUUCAAUAGAUUUGUUUGGCUUAAUACCUAUGAUUAUGAUCAAACCACGAUAAAUUUAACUCCUCUUUAGCAGGUGGAAACUUUAGUUUUUUCCAAAUAAAUGCACAUUAUAGCGCUUAUAAGAACAAUAAAGAUAGGAGAUUAUGAAUAUACAGACAAGGGAAGUCUUUUAGUAAUGCGAGUAGAUUUAUAGGGUCUUGCUGAAAAAACAUGUUAUUUUGAUAAUUAUGCCAUAUUUAGAAGACCAAUGAUUAAUGCUAUAAGCAUUAAUUAAUCGAAUGGUGAUAUUUAUCUUUUGAUCGUUCCUGUGAAUCAAUAAGGUUACUUACUUGUUAUUAAGAAUGACUUAAGCUAAAUCACUUAAUUUCAUAGUGUUAAUGAGUACUACGCUUACUACUGCUCUGUAUACUUUUAUCCUCAGCUGAAUAAAGCGUUUGCAAUGGGAGUUUGGAUGCCAGUUUAAACUAAUUUAUUUGGAAUAUUUGUAUCCAUUUUUGAUGAAAAUCUUCCGUCAAAUUAUGUUUAAAGAGCUAUCAAAGCUGAUAACCUUCAAUAGUACUAAGUAAUUAUCCCUUUGAUGGAAUAGAAUUUAGGACUCUUAGCUGGAUGUUUUGAAGGCACAAACAACAUUAAUGACAUGUAAACUCAAUCUACUCUCAGUGAGGGUAUUCUUGCAUUGGAAUCAUAGUUGGAUGAUUAAAUUUUUCUUACAUUUGCAGAUCUCUCUGAUGAUCUCUUUGCAUAUUAACCUAAUAUGUUAGUUCCUCGAUAAGAUGACUUGAUUUAUCUAGGCUUUUCGAGAGAUUUAUCUGGAAGACUUAGAGCAUACCUCAAUUACUUCUUUCAUAAUUCCUAUCUAUAAUUGCUUACUGAUAUAGAUCCAACUUUACCACAUGAUUAUGCUAAUAUGAUAAUAACGGGAUUUGAUCUUUCAACUGCUACCUUUGACAUUAUAAACACUCCUCCGAUUAAGACUCCUCCUAUCUAAGCCUACUAAAACUUACUUCCAUAUGUGAGUCUUUGGCAUGAUUAUAAUUCUGCUAAUAAAUGGGAAAAAAUGGUGUCUUAACUAUCUGUAAACUAACUUCUCAUUAAUUGGUAAUUGUGCUGA